UAUGUAAUAUACAUUAUAUAUAUAUAUAUAUAUAUAUAUACACAGUAAUUUCUAUAAGAAAGAGAUAUAUAGAGAGAUAGCAUUGGUGAUAUCUUCAAUCGAUUGCUUCAUUGUCUGCUGAUCUGUCCCUCCCAAUUUCAACCGUACGAGCCCUAAAGAGAGAGGGAUAAAAGCAGGGUCAUCUGCCUCCUCCUGGUUAUCUUGUUCGUUUGCAGAGCAGAGGUUCAGCAGACGAUCUUUAUUUGAGAAAGAGAGAAAGGAUGCGGAAGUGGUUGUGCUGUACUUGUCAGGUAGAUGAAUCCUACCCAAAAAGUGACAUUGAGCCUUUCAAAAGCCCGAAGAAUCAUGGAGAAGGAAACCAUAGAGGAUCAAAGACACAAGUUCCUGUCAAACCAGAACUUCAGAAGGCAGUUCUACCCAUUGAAGUGCCAACGUUGUCCUUGGAAGACAUAAAAGAGAAAACUGAAAAUUUUGGAUCAAAGGCAUUGAUUGGUGAAGGGUCUUAUGGAAGAGUCUACUACGCAAGCUUGGAUGAAAAAGCGGUUGCUGUAAAAAAGCUUGACGUGUCUUCUGAAACCGAGUCAAAUAAUGAUUUCUUGUCACAAGUAUCCAUGGUGUCAAGACUGAAGCAUGAAAACUUUGUAGAGCUUCUUGGAUACUGUGUAGAAGGAAAUACUCGUGUGCUAGCAUAUGAAUUUGCUACCAUGGGAUCUCUGCAUGAUAUUCUGCAUGGUAGAAAGGGAGUACAAGGGGCUCAGCCAGGUCCUGUGCUUGACUGGAUGCAACGGGUAAGGAUUGCAGUUGAUGCUGCGAGGGGUCUAGAGUACUUGCAUGAGAAGGUUCAGUCAUCCAUAAUUCAUAGAGAUGUCCGGUCAAGCAAUGUGCUUCUCUUUGAGGACUUCAAAGCUAAAAUUGCAGACUUCAACCUUUCAAACCAGGCUCCUGAUAUGGCUGCUCGUCUUCAUUCUACUCGGGUUCUAGGGACUUUCGGUUACCAUGCACCAGAGUAUGCAAUGACAGGGCAACUAACACAAAAGAGUGAUGUCUAUAGUUUUGGUGUUGUUCUACUUGAACUUCUGACUGGACGAAAGCCUGUUGAUCAUACAAUGCCUCGCGGUCAGCAAAGUCUUGUUACUUGGGCAACUCCACGGCUGAGUGAAGAUAAAGUCAAACAAUGUGUGGAUCCAAAACUUAAGGGAGAAUAUCCUCCUAAAGGAGUUGCCAAGUUGGCAGCUGUGGCUGCAUUGUGUGUGCAAUAUGAAUCAGAGUUUCGUCCUAAUAUGAGCAUAGUUGUAAAGGCUCUCCAACCACUGCUGAAGGCUCCAGCCCCAAUUCCAUCUCCAUCUCCCGAGGUAUAGAGGGCACAUGAAAUCGGAAGACCUUGAUUCAUAUAUUGGCAUUCUCUGGUGCUUGGUCUGAUUUUUAUUUUUCAUGGGAACUUUGUGGGUUGGUUGGACCCGAAAUGAUUGAGUGUAUAUGCUUACUUUUCUUUGGCUUGAGAAUUGUGGGACUUUGUGUAGCUGUUGCUUAUAAUAUACUGCUGUUUCCUGUUGAGUCAUCUUUCUCACAAAGUGUAACGCUAGGUCUUGUUUGGCCACCGAUAUCUUUUUGACUAGUGUGGUUGAGCUUGUUGCGACUUUCUUUGGGUCUUGAAUGAAUUACAACUUAUAAGA